CGUGCACUCCGCCAGCGCCGGGGCCGCCGCCGCCGCCGCGGCUCCCCGCCGGGACGGCUUCUUCAGGGACGGCGCUCGUCGCGUGGACUUCGCCCUCGCCUUCGGGGCGCCGCGCCGCGGACCCGACGGCGUCGGCGCCGCGCGCUUCUCCUCCUCCGUGCGCCGCGCCGCCUCGCGCCGCCUCGCGCCGCCCUCCUCCGUCUCCUCCUCGGUGCUCCAACUGGAGCCCGAGAGGCGCCUCCCGCCGGGGCUCGCCCUGCAGCCCGUGGCCGAGGGCGCUCCGCUCCCCUCCGCUUCGACGACCACGAUGACGACGACGCAGCAGCAGCAGCAGCAGCAGCCGCCGCCGGGAGUCGUCACCACCUCGUCGUUUUUCAUCGCCGCCACCGCCGCCUCCUCCACUGCCUCCGCUGCUUCGCCGUGGUCGCCCCCCGGGGCGGGCUCCGACCAGGACUGGCGGAGGGACAAGGAGCCGCUCCCGGGGGGCGGUGUGGGGGGAGACGCGACCUCGCGGGACGGCAGUGAUGACAUGGUGGACCUGGAGGCUGCGUCCGACGUUGGCUAUGUCCCGCUGGCUGAGGUCCACGACGAGGAGAAGCGCGCCCGGAGGGACGAGUUCGAGGCGCGGCUCUUGGAGGCUGGACUCGAGCUGGAGCGCGAUGACGAGGCAAGGCGGCACGGAGGCACGGUCUACGUGCGGCUGCACGCGCCGUGGCACGUGCUCACGCGCGAGGCCGAGCUGCUGAAGCUCAAGAUGCCGACAAAGAAGGUGUACGAGGUUCGACGCAACACGCGCCAGGCCUGCUCGUGCUGGCGCCGCGUCACCGCACUGCUGCGGCCGCGCACGCCGCAGUCGGAGAGGGAGGCGCGCAUCAAACACCUGUCUCUUCCCUUCUCACGUGACAAGGAACACCUAUUCGAUAUCCGGGACAAAGACACGUACUUCACGAGUUCACAACGCAGCAAGAUCGUUCGAGAAAUCCUAAAGCGGACGGUGGUGACGCGUGGCAAGCACAGCAUUGGUCUCACGCGUCUGCUGGCCAGCGGUGUGUACAGCGCCGCAUACCCACUCCAUGACGGAGACUAUGACGUCACCACGGGCCCCGGCAACGACAGGAAGGUGCUGUACGAGGAGUGGGCGAGUUAUGGAGUCUUCUACAAAUACCAGCCCAUUGACCUCAUCCGCAAGUACUUCGGCGAGAAGAUCGGCCUCUACUUUGCCUGGCUCGGGGUCUACACGGCGCUCCUCAUCCCCGUGUCGGUGCUCGGCGUCGUCGUGUUUGCCUACGGAUGCCUCACGCUGCACUACGACAUCCCCAGCACCGAGAUGUGCGAGCGCGGGGCCAACCUGACCAUGUGCCCGCUGUGCGACCGCCUCUGCGACUACUGGCGCCUGGACUCGGCCUGCGGCAUGGCCCGCGCCAGCCACCUGUUCGACAACCCCGCCACGGUCGUCUUCUCCGUUGUGAUGGCGCUCUGGGCGGCGAUGUUCAUGGAGCACUGGAAGCGACAUCAGAUGCAGCUCAACUACCACUGGGACAUGGCCGGCUUCGAAGAGGAGGAGGGCCUCGAUCAGGACGCGGCGCGCGUGGAGUACGAGAUGAAGCUGCGUGAGAUGUGCAAGGGCAAGGAGGGACAGGCGAGUCACGUCAAGUUGACCUGGCGUGACCGCCUGCCCAGCUACUGCCUCUCACUCUCCUCCGUGCUGCUCAUGACGGGCGUCACCUUCUCCGUGCUCGUGGGCAUCAUCCUCUACCGCGUGAGUGCCGCGGCCGCCAUGGCCGUGAGCCCGAGCGAGGCCACGCGCUCCGGCUCGCGCGCCGUCGUCAUGGCGACGGCCGUGCUCAUCAACCUGGUGCUCAUCCUCGUGCUGGACGAGGUGUACGCGGCGGUGGCACGGGUCCUCACCGUCAUGGAGGUCCCGCGCACGGACCGAACGUUCGAGGAGCGGCUCAUCUUCAAACUCUUCCUCCUCAAGUUCGUCAACUCGUACACGCCCAUCUUCUACGUCGCCUUCUUCAAGGGCCGGUUCAUGGGAAGGCCCGGAGAUUACCUCUACACCUUCCACUAUUUCCGCAUGGAGGAGUGCGCGCCGGGAGGGUGCCUGAUGGAGCUGUGCAUCCAGCUGAGCAUCAUCAUGCUGGGCAAGCAGCUGCUGCAGAAUAACCUCUUCGAAGUCGGCGUGCCGAAGAUCAAGAAGUUGCUCCGCAGCAUGAAGGCCAAGGAAGAGAGCCACAAGUCGAGCGGCGAGCAGGCGGGGAGGCGCGCCGCUUCCACGUCGGGGAGACCGCGGCCGCGCUGGGAGAGAGAUCAGGAGCUGGAACCCUUCUCGGGACUCACUCCCGAGUACAUGGAGAUGAUCAUCCAGUUCGGCUUCGUGACCCUGUUCGUGGCGUCCUUCCCACUGGCGCCGCUCUUCGCGCUGCUCAACAACGUCAUCGAGAUCCGCCUCGACGCUAAGAAGUUCAUCACCGAGCUGCGGAGGCCAGACGCUCACCGCGCCAAGGACAUCGGCAUCUGGUACAACCUUCUGCGCGGGCUGGGGAAACUCGCCGUGAUCAUCAACGCGUUCGUGAUCGCCAUGACGUCGGACUUCGUGCCGCGCCUCGUCUACCGCUUUGCCUACAGCGCCGACGGCUCGCUGCGGGGCUUCGUCGAGAACUCGCUCUCCGUCUUCAACACCACGCACUUCCCCGAGGGACUCCGGCCGCCCGACGACGCCCCCGGGGCGCCGCCCGACCUCGUCUGCCGGUACAAGGACUACCGCGAGCCGCCCUGGUCACCGAACGCCUACGAGUACUCGCGCCAGUACUGGGCGCUCCUCGCCGCGCGCCUCGGGUUCGUCAUCCUGUUCCAGAACCUGGUGAUGUUCCUGAGCGACUUCGUCGACUGGCUCAUCCCGGACGUGCCGCCCGCACUCGCGCUGCAGAUGAAGCGCGAGAAGGCGGUGCUGGUGCACGUGCUGCUGCGGGAGGAAGCGCACGCGCACGCCCGCCAACAGCAGCUGCGCCAACAGCUGCACCAGCAGCAGCAGCAGCAGCCCUCCUCGCAACAGCAGCAACAGCAGCACCAGCAGCAACAGCAGCACCAGCAGCGGCAGCGGCAGCAGCGGCAGCCGCCGCAGCAGCGAUUCCCCGAGCUUGACAAACCACCGGAUCGGCCGCAGGAGGCGCCGUCCGCCCACGGCGCGCGGUCGUCGGAGGCGGCGACGGUGGCGAGCGGUGGCCCCCCGGCUCCUCCGGCGUCCGCGGACGGGGCACUCCCGGCGCUCCCCGCGCCCGCCGCGGCGGGGGAGCCGGCGUCGGCCGCCUUCCCCUCCCGCCCGACGCGCCGCGCGUCGCGUCGGGCGUCGGGGUCCCGCGGCCCCGCCGCCGGGGGGGCCCCCCCCCGGGCGAGCGUCGUGCGCAAGGGGGGGUCGGUGCGGGCGGCCCGGAGCGCCGAGCCGGCGGGCGGGGCCGGCGGCUCGCGGAGGCACUCGGAGUUCGUCUCGUGAGUUGCCGGC